GGUGUUUGGUUCUGUUUACGUUUAUUGAUGGUGCCACAUAGGCACCAUCUCAGCAUUUUCUCUCUCUUGCUCUUUUGCAUACAUUGGAAAUGUAAAAAGUAAACUUUGGUUUAUGUGCAUGUCAGCCGUUUGUAGAAGUUAUUUUUUGAAGCUACCACAAAUGGCCAAGCGUUUAUUCACUGUUACGUUGAAGUGACACUUAAUUGUCAUAAAUGAUUGCAAUUAUUGCAUUUUUCAGUUUUGUCAGCAAAUAAAGUAUAAACAUUUAUUCAAUAAACAUAAACGGAAUCAAACACAUACAUAGUAAACAGUAGUAUGAACUGGAGCCGAAUGAUAUUCAACAAUGGAGCUAUACCUUGUUUUUUAAGGACAGGGGCUAGAGCUAAAUACCGGUGGAGUUUGUGGUGGAAGCAAUACCAGACGCGACUCAUGGGAAUUUCCGACUGAUGACAGUCUCCAAAAAUUCUUAAUGGGCCUAUCCCACCAAAUUGAAUUCCAAGUGCAGUAGUCUGGGCCAAUGACCUCCCCAGCAAAAUGGAGGCCCAGUAGGGCAGUAGUAAUUUUGAGCUGGGAUAGCACUAGCAGGCCCAGUGUGCGAUUACACGGUUUCCUACUUUUCUACGGUUCUACCCGAAUCCGCGGUUCAGUGGCUGGAUGCAGGCCUGGAGAUAGAGACAUAGAGUGCGAUAAGAUAACGCGGUUUCCUACUCCUACCUGAAUCCGAAUCCUAACUCGACUAUGAAUCCGCAGUUUCUGGUUUAUACAAAGAUGGUGAAAACCUAUAUGAAAAGCAGAGGAAGGGACGAAUUUUGAGAUCCAACUCGAAAGUCGAAAGCCCUAAACAAACGGUGGCCCGUGGCCGGAGAAGAGAUGGCGCCGGAGAAGAGAUGCCUAUACGAAAUUCUAGCGUUGAGCAGAGACCGCUCUCCUGAAGAAAUCCGAUCUGCGUACAAGAAAUUGGCUCUGCAACGCCACCCCGACAAGCUCAUCCAGACCGGUGUUCCCGAGGAAGAAGCCACCGCUGCCUUUCAGGAGCUCGUCAAUGCCUACGAAGUUCUUUCUGAUCCCCGCGAACGUGCGUGGUACGACUCUCAUCGUUCCCAGAUCCUAUUUUCCGAUGCCACCAACGUAUCCAAGUCAUCUUCGGGCUUCUCUACCAUCCCUAACAUCUUUUCUUUCUUCUCCAAUUCUGUCUAUUCCGGUUAUGGAGACACCGGGAAAGGGUUUUUCAAGGUUUAUGGUGAUGUUUUCGAUAAAAUUUACGCCCAGGAGGUCAUGUUUGCGAAGAAGCUUGGGUUGGGGUCGGGAACGGUUAGGGACGCUCCGUUGAUGGGAAAUUUGGAAAGUCCUUAUGCGCAGGUAUCGGCUUUCUACAAUUACUGGUUAGGGUUCUGUACGGUGAUGGAUUUCUGUUGGGUCGACGAGUACGAUGCGAUGGCUGGACCUAAUAGGAAGUCACGACGGCUCAUGGAGGAGGAGAACAAGAAGCUGAGGAAGAGGGCGAAGAAGGAGUACAACGAGAUGGUUCGUGGGUUGGCCGAGUUUGUGAAAAAGAGGGAUAAACGCGUUAUUGAUAUGCAGAUGAAGAGGAAUAUGGAGCAAGAGAAGAGGAGGGAAGAGGAGAGAACUCGAAAGAAAGAAGCUGAGCGGGCGAAAUUAGAGAAAGCUCGGUUGUACGAAGAGCCUGAAUGGGCUAAAGUCGAUGAGGAGGAAAUGGAGAAUGAUUUUGAUGAACCGGACGAUGACAAGAAACAGAGUGAUGCUAGAGAGCUGUAUUGUGUUGUUUGCAGUAAGAAGUUUAAGUCUGAUAAGCAGUGGAAGAAUCACGAGCAGUCAAAGAAGCACAGGGAAAAGGUUGCACAGCUCAGGGAUACAUUUGAAAUGGAGGAUGAUCAAGAAGAAAGUGGGAACGAGGAAGGAUUGGGUAGUGAGAACAUUGUAGAGGAAUUGCGGGAGGAAUUUGAAGAUGCUUUAGAUUUUCAGGAAGCGCAGCGAGAAGCUGUAAGCAUUUCCAGUGAUGAUGAAGGAAUUGAGGUUUCUUUCGUUAAUGAUAGCAAUGGUUUUGAUGAAUCAUUUGGCUCUGACGAGGAAGCAAGCAUUCUUGAAGCCAUGGUGUCCGAACACAAGAACAGAACUAAUAAUGCCUCAAAGCGUCAGCCGAAGUCUUAUGCCAGAAAUGAUAGUGAAGAGACGGAUUUCAUGGAGUACGAUAACCGGAAAAUCUCUCGCAGGAACCGGGCAGCAAAGAAAGAGGGUAGCAGGAAAACCAACGGAGAAGUUCAGAGAACAGAAAUUGUUGAAACUGCAGAAGAAGUCGAGUCUAAAUAUAAUGGAAACAACGUUCCAAGCGAAGAUCAUGAUCGGAAUGACUCAAGCACAAAGGAUGCGUUGUCCCACGCACUUGGGGAUACUGACGCUAAUGGUAGAGUUGAUAGGCCUUUGGACAAAGGUCUUAAGGUUCUAAACCAACCAAUUGAUAAGAAAGGUACUGGAAAGAAGGAUGUGAAAACCAAGUCAAAGAACUCAUCCAAAGGAAAGAAAGAAAAGGUGGUAUCAAAGGCUUCUGGCAAUUCAUGCGAGACUUGUGGAGAGAAUUUUGAGACAAGGAAUAAACUACAUAAGCAUCUAGGUGAUACUGGACAUGCUACAUUAAAAUCACGAUAAGUAUUUACUGUCGAAGCAUGAUGACAUAACUAAUGAAUUGGAACUUUUUCCAAGAUUAUCGCCUAAAUGAAGAGAGAAAAAUAAAGGAUAGAAAAUGUUGAGGUUCCGUCCUGCGCUGAUUUUUUAUGAAGGGAUGGAAAACAAAAAUUUUUACGGCCUUCGAUUGUUUUUAUUACCUUUAGGCACAAACAACAGCAGGAGGGAAAAGAAAAUGAGAUGAUUUUUUUUUUUUUUUUUAAAAUUCUGCUGUCUUCUGGUGUUCUGUUUGAUUUACGUGCUCACCAAUGUUUGGUAUGCAAAAUGACAGACGAGUAAUUGGAAGUUAUUAUUAUUUUUUUUUWUGGGGACCAGAAAGUUUGUGUUUUUGAAUUUAUGUCCAUUGCUCCGAGUAGUGCACUUGUAAA